AUGGAGCAAGACCGUGCAAGCGAUGUUCCACCUGCGAAGAAAAGAAGAAGACCUACCGUUGUCUGUACGAAUUGCAAAAGGCGCAAAAGUAAAUGUGACAGGCUAAAACCGGUCUGCGGGAACUGUCUGCGAUUGGGGGACGAAACAACAUGCGCUUACGGAUUGGAACCUGCCGGGGAAGCUCGCAAGCCGGGUGUAUCACGGUUGGUCGCUCAAUGCUUCGAAAUGGUCAGAAGCACGCAGCCCACUCUGAUUGAUCUCCAGCCGAACGGCGUACUCAUCCAGUGCAAGCGGUCCUGCACCUCAUACAUUGCGCCGCUCACUCCUUCAGCUGCCAAGCAGCGAGAUCCCUACUUGCAAGCCCUGGGAUUAGUCUGCCAGCUCAAGCGGACGAUGCGAGCGGCAGACCCAGCUCCCAAAAAAGAAGGAACAGCAGAAGCGACGUCGCGAGGGUCCCUCCCGAACUCGAUGCGCUACAUUGAAAGCAUUGAGCAAAAUAGUCCGGAACAGCCAGCGAGCCUUGCAUCUAGGCACAAGAACAUGUGCAGGCAGCUUUUCACAAAGUUUGGCAAGUAUCGCCGCAAUCACACUUCGUCCACUGAAGAUGAUCUUAAAGCUCUGCCGUCUCGGGUACCGGCCAAAAAGGUCUUUUUCAGGCACAUCUGGCCUUAUUUCUGGUCUCACUUAUCAGGUUUAUGUCCCAUCUUUGAUGAAGCUCAGCUUGAAAAAAGCUUGAAGCGGGUUUACGAUCGGUUUAGCCCUGAUACUCAUUCAAAGCUCGAUGUGGAGGACUAUGCAUGCUUCUCAAUCGUUCUGUUGAUUACAUGCCUUGUUCAGCUCUCUUUGAAGUUCGCCCAGGAUUACACAGAAGAAAAUACAAAUAGCGAGUCGUCCAUUGUCAUGGGAAUAGACACUAGCAAGUUCAUCUCAAUGGUCAACGGCUGCAUAUCCAGAAAAAAAGGUGACAGGAAAUGUUCACUGCUCCGGUUACAGAGCUUGCUGCUCCUCAGGUUUUACUAUUGGUGCGCUCCGGACGAUGGCGACGGCGACUACCUUCAGCAUAGUAAUAUGCUAAUGGGGAAGAUUGUAGCCGCUUGCUAUUCUAUGGGAAUAGAAUGGCAAUGUGUCAGAGAUCCAGAAGAGUUUGUCAACAAUUUCAAUCUUUGCUUGGGCCUGAUGCCCUUGGAGGCAGAGUACGACGCAAGCGACUAUAAAAAGAUAUGGACCACCGUGCUGCAUUGGGACAGAAAACUGAGCUUACUGACUGGCCAGCGGUGCCUUAUUGGGAACUCCAUAAAACUGCCCACCCCCGGCCACGAGUCUCCCUCUUGUGCCUUGCUAAAGUUUGACAGUUUGAUUCUCAAAAUAUGCGAUAUGAUUAGCAAUGAUCCACGCAGGGUUGAUGCGACCGCUGUGAUAAGACUAUUAGAGACACUGCGCCAGUCUUUGAAAAAAGACACAAGAGAAAACAUCGUCAAUCCCGCGCUGGGCUUUGAGUGGGGGAUGGUAAUUGCUCUCUUAGAGCUUACAAUAACCCACGCGCAUAUGGUUCACAGUGAGAAAACCGAAAGCCCUGAUGAAUUCUGCGAUUGCAUUCAAGGCCUUUUCGAGAAAGUGCUCCAAAUCACAAAAAUCUGCGAGCAAUAUCUUUAUAGCCAGGAAGGGCUGGAUCCCUCGGCUAGAUUUUACACUAACAAGAUUGUUGACAUAGCUUUUAGCAGCAUCUCUGCUAUUUUUCCCAGCCUCAUUCUAAGAUCAGGCAGGUCCAUUGAGCCACACACGAAAACAACUCUUCUAAACUUCUACAGAGACAUUUUGUCUGCUUCCUUCAACACGAUAGGAGUCGAAUACUACUCUUGCUUUAGGAGAAUGUUUCCAUCAAAGUUGGUUUUUCGAACACUUUCUGCCGCAGGCGACGAAGAUCCUUGGACAAGAAUCUUAGAAUUUAUUGUCUCAUCAGACUAUAACAAAGAGUUUGCUUUGUUACAACGGUCAGGUAUAUUCAAACAGUUCUUCAAGUCAUACGAAAAGACGGGCAAUGUCGAGAGUGCCGCGAGUUUAUGGAGUGCUUAUUAUGCACCCAACGAUCUUUACUCCUUUGAUUUGGAUGUCAAAAGUUUUGGGCUUCAGAUGCCGUUUUCUCACAGCAACCGUUAUAACGACUAUGAUGUCUUCGAAGCAUUUUUCAACAAUGCCAAAACACUUUUUUUGGCAAAAGUGCCAAACCUGCCGGCUCUCAACGGCACCGCUCUAGGGCAAGGUGCGUUCAACUAUUUCGAUUACAGCCUUUUGCAGGGAAUUGAAAACUUCGAUUCCGCAGACUUUUUGGAUUUCUUUGAACCCGGCGGUAGCGAAGCGCUGGUAGAACUUGAGUCCCAAGAAAGCCCGUCAAAUCACGACAUCUGCUGA